CGAACGCUCUCUGGAUGCAGGCCGGGCUGCGGCGGGAAGGAUGUUCUAGGCGAGCGGAGGUGAACGCCGGCGGCAGGAGCGAACUUACCGAAGGAAGGGAGGGGAGGGCGAAGCCAGCCAAACUUUGACGGAGGCCUACAUCGCCGAGCGGCUGCUGCAAGCAGAAGCCCGAGCUUUUCCAGAAAGACGCAGACGGACAGACAAACUUUGGCUCUUCGUCUCUUUCUAGGACUUCUAUUUUUUGGGGGAGGGGGGAAGGAACACUUGGCUGUGCGAGUCUUGUGACUACUCAGGGCUCGGCGGAUAUUCUCCUUUUAAAAAAGAAAGCAAAAACAAAUUUCAAAGAGGCAUCUGUUCUAGUGGAUCAUACUUUUUAAAUGUUUGGGAUUCAAGAUACGUUAGGAAGAGGACCAGCUCUGAAAGAGAAAGCUCUAGGCGCGGAGAUGGAUUCGGUCCGGUCCUGGGUUCGAAACGUCGGAGUGGUGGAUGCAAACGUUGCCGCACAAAGCGGGGUAGCCCUGUCCCGGGCUCACUUCGAGAAACAGCCUCCUUCCAACUUGCGAAAAUCCAAUUUCUUCCACUUCGUCUUGGCUCUCUAUGAUCGGCAGGGUCAGCCGGUGGAGAUCGAAAGGACAGCCUUCGUGGACUUCGUUGAGAACGACAAAGAACAAGGUAAUGAGAAGACCAACAACGGCACGCACUACAAAUUACAGCUUCUUUAUAGCAAUGGGGUCAGGACCGAACAAGACCUCUUUGUCCGGCUCAUCGACUCCGUCACGAAGCAGCCUAUAGCUUAUGAGGGACAGAACAAGAACCCGGAGAUGUGCCGAGUUCUACUCACACACGAAGUCAUGUGCAGUCGGUGCUGUGAGAAGAAGAGCUGUGGCAAUCGGAAUGAGACCCCUUCAGACCCAGUCAUCAUUGACAGAUUCUUUUUAAAAUUUUUCCUGAAGUGCAAUCAGAAUUGUUUGAAAACAGCAGGAAACCCCAGGGACAUGCGGCGCUUCCAGGUGGUGCUAUCGACAACCGUGAAUGUGGAUGGACAUGUGCUGGCUGUUUCUGACAACAUGUUUGUUCAUAACAAUUCUAAGCACGGGAGGAGAGCAAGGAGGUUGGACCCAUCUGAAGCUACACCCUGCAUCAAAGCCAUCAGCCCAAGUGAAGGCUGGACCACAGGUGGAGCCAUGGUGAUCAUCAUAGGAGACAAUUUCUUUGAUGGACUCCAAGUCGUGUUUGGGACCAUGCUCGUAUGGAGUGAGCUGAUAACACCUCAUGCCAUCCGAGUCCAGACUCCCCCUCGGCACAUCCCUGGAGUGGUGGAAGUGACAUUAUCGUAUAAGUCUAAACAGUUCUGCAAAGGGGCCCCGGGAAGGUUCAUUUACACAGCGUUAAAUGAACCUACCAUAGACUAUGGCUUCCAGAGAUUGCAGAAAGUCAUCCCGAGGCAUCCUGGAGAUCCAGAAAGACUAGCUAAGGAAAUGUUGUUGAAAAGAGCUGCUGAUUUAGUGGAAGCCCUUUAUGGAACACCCCACAAUAACCAGGACAUCAUUCUGAAGCGAGCUGCUGACAUUGCUGAGGCCCUCUACAGUGUCCCAAGGAAUCCCAGCCAGAUCCCAGCUCUGUCUAGCUCUCCAGCUCACAGUGGCAUGAUGGGAAUCAACUCCUAUGGCAGCCAGCUAGGUGUCAGCAUCUCAGAGUCCACACAGGGAAACAACCAAGGUUACAUCCGGAACACAAGCAGCAUCUCUCCCCGUGGCUACUCUUCCAGUUCCACCCCCCAGCAGUCGAACUACAGCACAUCCAGCAACAGCAUGAACGGCUAUAGCAACGUGCCCAUGGCCAACCUGGGCGUGCCGGGUUCCCCGGGCUUCUUAAAUGGCUCCCCCACAGGAUCCCCUUAUGGAAUCAUGUCUUCAAGUCCUACAGUCGGUUCUUCCGGUACAUCCUCCAUCCUCCCGUUCUCGUCUUCCGUCUUCCCAGCUGUCAAACAGAAGAGUGCCUUUGCUCCUGUCAUUAGACCCCAAGGCUCCCCUUCUCCAGCCUGCUCCAGUGGAAAUGGAAAUGGAUUCAGAGCCAUGACCGGCCUUGUUGUCCCCCCAAUGUAAAGAGAAGGAAGAGUUGCGACUCAGAACACAUAACUACUUCAUCUGAUGGACCACUAAUAUGGAAAGCACUAAGAGAUCUUUGGGGUGGCAUCACACCCCCAAAGGAACACUCUGUAUGGAUUUGGAUAUGCAAGGAGCCUGCAUUUUACCUGGUCUCAUGUCUCUCCUGCGGCCGAGAGAUUGGCUGCCCAAACUCCAACCCCACUCAUGGACAAGGACAGAUACCGUCAUUGGCAUGCAUGGUCAGUACUAAGGACAGAAAUGUGGUUCUUUCUUUAUGGACUUGAUGAAAACCACCUUCCUAUGUUUGUAAAAUAUUUAAGAAAAAAAAAUUGGCAAACAAUUCAAGCUCGAUAUUUUGGAUACUAUUUGUUUUUCUUUGUAGGAAAAAAAAAGUUGAAAGUUUCUAUUUUCUAUGAAGCCUUUCAGAUACCAAUUUAGUUUAUGCAGAAAACAAUUGAACAAAACAGGGUACCCGCAUGGAAGACUUUCUUAAAACAAAACCUGAAUCGAAUGAUGGUGAUAUGUUGUUGUAUGUGUGUUUGCUUAUAGUUUAAUCUCUUUAAAAAACAAAAAACACAAAAAAAGGAAAAAUUUUAAAAUGUUUUACAAUUAUUUAAAUAAAUAAAUGUGUAACUUAUUGUAAGUAGAGGUAGAAAUUAAGACCUUUUUGGAAAGGAGGGGCAUUUUCUCCUCCUCUUGUACAAUGAAAAUGAUGCAAAACUGUAGUUCCAAGAUAAAAAAUAAGGUGUGUGAUUGUUACCACUGCUAUUUCCUGGAUGCCCACUCUUGUCCUCUCCACACCCCUCCCCCAUUCCAUCCUUGUAUAGAUCCAUAUGCAAGGACAGUGGUAGCCCCCUUGUAUUCUGUCAAAACCACACAACAUUCAAAGAAAAGCCAAGCACAAAUCCAGAAAUAGAGAAACGCAGCAGGUCUGGUUCAGUGAAGUCUGCUUUCCCAAAAGUCUGCGUCUCCCUUUGAGUCUUGCUUCCUAUCACCAUUUUCCUGGGGUAGCUGUUUUUGACAUUCUAUGCCAAAGGCCACCUAGGAUUCUUGCACUUUGUUAUGGUCCAAACCCCAUCCGGUUUUGCAAGGGCAGGAACAGCAAGGGAAAGGAAACCUUUUUGCCUGAGAGAUGAUCCAACAUGGUUAGAACCUCUUCAGGUCAGGACCAUAUCAGGGUCCAGUUUCCAGAUCACCGGUAAUUGGAACUUCAAGCCCCUUAGGUAUUGCUCUGGGGAUGCUCCUCUGUCCAUUUUGGUUGGCCAUCAGAGCUCAUUGGCAAUGACUGAUUACUCUCUUAUCCUUCAAGGUGAAAGGGGCCUGGGUGCCUAUCUCUCAGGAGUCCCAUCUUUCUUUUUCCCAUUCAUGCUUCCCCAUUUAGAGGAACACAGAAGCUAGGACUGGAGGGGUCCUCAGAGAUCAUCUAGUUCAACCCCCUCAUUUUACAGAUCAGGAAACUGAGGCAAAGAGGUUCAUAGAUCUAAAGGUGGAAGAGACCAUAUACUCUAACCCCCUCAAUUUGUAGCUGAGACACAGAGAGGUUAAUAGAGUGAGAGAUCUGUCAUUUGACAAGCAUUUAUUAACCACUUACUAUCUCUCAGGGGACCUCAGAGACCUUCUUGUAUAAUCCUAUCAUUUUAUGUAUUUUGUUUAUAAACCGAGGCACAGAGAGGCUCCUAGAUUUCUAGAUUGAGAGCUGCAAGGAACCACAGAGAUCAUCUAGUUUAAUCCUUUCAUUUUACAGAUACAGAAACUGAGGUCAAAAACAGUGAUAAGUAGUGAAUAGCUGGCCUUCUAUAGGGCUUCAGGGACUCUGGAGCCCUCUGCAAACCUUUGCUCAUUUGAGUAAGCAGUCAGAACUCAGACCCAGGCCUGUGGACUUCCAAUCCAAUAUUCUUUACAACCCACCAGUUGCCCUGGCAUUAAAUUC